ACUUUCGCUCGGACUCCGUCCCCAUACCCAUAACCACCAAGCUAACUGGGCCGGUCCCCGAUCUUCAAUCCAACAACACCACCAUCAUCAUCAUCAUCAUCAUCACCACCAUCAUCAAUCCUCCCCCGACCAUGCGCACCAACCAGGCCACCUCGCGCGGUCUCUCCCUCCACACCUCUUUCUCACCCGAUCGCAACAACACCACCAUCACCAGCGUAACAGACUGCUACGCCAUGCCCAUGCCCGUCUCCUCACACCCGCCCGGUCCAUCAUCCAGCACAUCGACGACCGCGACUCCGCUCAGCUCCACCACCGCGAGUCCCACCUCGUCGCCCACAUCGUCACCAUUUCCCAAUUCCCGCCACCACCACUUUCACCGCCGCCUCAGUCUUACCCGCGACCCCAUCAGCCUCACCAACACCCACAGCCACCACCACAACACCUACAACACCACCACAUCCUCCUCCCCCUCCAGCCGCAGCCAAAGCCCCUUCCGCCGCCUCUCCUCCUACUCCUACUCGUCGCUCCUCCGCCGCCCCUCCCUCAUGCUCCUCCGUCGUCGCCCCUCAAAGGUCGACAUGGCCCUCUGCGAGGAACGCUCCCGCUGCGGCGAGGACGCCAUCGAACGCCAGGGCCUAGAUCUCAUGGAGCCCCGCCCCGUGGACCCACUCGCCCUUUCCAUGGAUAGUAUGGACGCGAGUGUUUUUGAGGACGCCUCGCCCUCGCUGGGUCUCGACGAGAUUGACGUCCUGGCGGAUCGCUCCUCUGGUCUCGUCCGGCUUGCGCAGCCGCGCUUUGUCAUGGGGGGGAUCUUUGAGGUCAUGGAGGGGAGGGGGUAGAGUUGAGCCGCG